UUAUUGUACCAAAUAUUUCAAUGUUUAUCCAUCUGAUUAUAGGAUAUGACCCAUGUCUAUGAAUUUUAAAUAUUUAAAUUAAAAUAUAAAAUUAAAAUUUAAAAAUUAUUAAUUUCAAUAUGGAUGAGUUUAACUAUUUAUUGUGUUUUAAUGAACUUUUCUGGGAUUAUUAUAUUUUUUCAUAAUUUACAUGGAAAACUUCAUGUUUCAAUUUUAUAUACCUAUUUUGUCAAAUGUAUAUCAUUAAAAGUUUGUGUGGGUGCGAUAAUAAGAAUGUCUUGUGUGUGGGAUUAUUACAUGUGGGAUGUAUUUUCUAGGUGAAUUUCUACUUAUUAUAAUUAAUUAGAUAUAAACCUUUACUUAAAAGACACUUAAUAAAGGUAACCCAUUGUUCAAGUGUCUUAAACUUUGUAAUAAAAUGGCUAAUAAAAAUAAAAAAGAUUUAGUUGUUUCUGAAUGGACAGAAUUUAUUAAAGAUAAAUUAUAUUUUGUAACAUUAUCUGGUGGUGGACAAAGCAAGAAUAAUGUCCUUUCAGAUAUUCCAUGGAAGAAUGACACCAAUUUAUUCUAUUUAGAUAUUGAUGAAACUUUAGUCUAUGAAAACUUCUUUAAUGAUUUUGGCCCUUUGAAUUUAGCUAUGGUGUACCGAUUUUGUACAAUUAUUCGGCAAAAAUUAAAAUUGGGAAAAAAAGUAAUACAUUGUACUAGUGGUUUUGAUCAAAAGAAAAGAUCCAAUGCAGCAGUUUUAAUAUGUGCAUACAUGAUAAUAGAACAUAAUUGGACAGCUUACCAGACAUAUAUGAGUUUAUCACAGAAUCGUUCUUAUCAAUUUAUUGAAUUCAGAGACGCUUCAUGUUUAAAACAAACUGAAUACUAUAUUUCUAUUGAAGAUUGUUUAAAUGCGUUGUACAAAGCAAAAUGGUAUGGAUUUUUUAACUUCAAUGAUUUUGAUUUAGAAGAAUAUGAAAAAUAUGAGACUGUUAAAGAUGGUGACAUUAAUUGGAUUGUACCAGGCUCUUUGCUAGCAUUUUCAUCUCCUCAUUCCCGGGAUUAUAUAGAUAAAUCUGGCUAUCAUAUACACUCACCUGCUUAUUAUUAUAAAUAUUUUACUGAAAACAAUGUUAAUCAUGUGGUUAGAUUAAAUAAUAAAAAUACUUAUGAUGCUAAACAGACUUUUGUUGCCUCUGCCAAUAUUAAUCAUACAGAUUUGUUUUUUCCUGAUGGGACUCCACCCACAGAUGUUAUACUUUUAGAUUUUUUAAGUUUAUGUGAGCAAUACUUAGAUGAAAUAAAUAUUGAUAAAUGUACAGAUAAUCAAAAUGCAUUGUCAAACUGUAAUUCCUCCACUUCAAAUGUGUUAUCUAAAGCUAUCAAAGGAGCUAUAGCUGUUCAUUGUAAAGCUGGAUUGGGAAGAACUGGUUGUUUAAUUGCUUCAUAUAUAGUUAAACAUUGGUCAUUUACAGCUCUUGAAGCUAUAGCAUGGAUUAGAAUAUGUCGUCCGGGCUCUGUUAUAGGCAUACAACAGCAAUGGUUAGUGAAAAAACAAUCUUAUUUACUAAUGACUGGUGAACAGUGGAGACAUCAAAUAAAACACUCUGAAAAAAGAUAUAAGAGAUUUAUAAAUGGAAUAUAUAGUGUUAAACGUCAUGCAACAGUUUUCAGUUCAUAUUCUUAUACAGAAUCUCCUCCAUUAUCAUCAUUUAUUUAUAAUUAUAAUGAAUUAGAUAAUGACACAAGUGAGAGUACCAUUGACAUUAGUAUAAACAACAUUAGCGCCAACACAAAAAAUCAAUUUAAGACUUCUCCAAUUAUCAAGAAGAAAAUGAAAAUAAGUGAUUUCUCAAAUAAUAUCUUGAAUUCUAAAGAACAUCAAAUAUCAAUGUACUCUAAGAGUGAUUCUAAACGAAAAAUAAUUACACCAUCAAAGCUUAUAUGUCAUGCGCCUCAUUCUCUUAUAACUCCUAAGAAAAGUAGUGUAACUCCAGCUAUUGUUGUAAGAAUAGCUAGAAGUAGCUCUAAAGCUUCUAUAACGGCCAAAAGUUAUUCAAAAUCUCAAAUUACAACAAAUCCAAAUACUCGAAUAACAAGAUCGCCUUCAACUAAAACAAAAAUAACUAAAGUGUCAGAAGAUUCCAAACCAUCUUAUGCUUUGGCUACUGUCUCUUCGAAUGCACGAGUAUCUCGACGUUUACGUCAACAAAAUAUUAUCAAAAAGUAGACUUCCUAUUUUAUAUUAAUCUAAAAUUUCCUUUUUAAGGCAAAGUCAUGAAUUUUGUACUUUUUACAUAUUUUAAACCAUUUCCUCACUUAUUUAAGAAAUCCAAAGAAAAUUAUUUAAACUAAUGUAAACCAAAUGUUGACCCUUUAAUAAUUUUAUUUAAGUAUUUCAAUUAUUUUGUUAAUUGAAUCAUGUUAAUUUAUGUAUUUUAUUUUAUUAUUCACUAUUCUUAUAAUUUACAUACACUCUUCUGAGCAUAUUACAUUAAAUAAUUUUGUAGUUGUAAAAUACAAAGUAUUAAAUUUGUUAGAUAUAUGUUUAUAUAUAUAUAUAUAUUUAUAUGUAUGUGUGUAAAAGUACCUAAAUUUAAGUACUAAUAGAGCUUAGUCUUAUUCACCCUUAUAUAAUUUUUUUAAUGUUAAUUGUGUGUUAUUUUUUUAAUUAUAAUAUUUAUUGUUUUUUUUUGUUAUUUAAUUUUCAAUUUUUUUUCUUUAAUCAUGGGCUAUUUUUCAAGUUUAUUUUAAAAAUGAAAUUACUCAUUCUCAUUUGCUGCUUUAAAAAAAAACUUAUAAAAAUUAUUUUAUUAAAAAUUAAGUUUUAUAAAAAUUACGUAAUAAAUAAUUAGAUUUGUAAAUGACAUUGCAAAAUAUAAUAUUUACCAAAUAACCUAUGAAACAAAUAAAAAUUUUUGUUUCAUUAUGAACUCAACCCAACCUGUAUACAUAGUGAUUGAUUUAUUGUUGACUGCUAAAUUUCUACUAAAAUAACAAUAAUUUUGAAAAAAAAAAUUCAUUUUUUAAUAUUUAUAUAAAGGUGUAAAUUGUUAAUAGGAUUACUAUUAUCCAAAUUUCCUCUAAAAUUAAUGUUAUGUAUCUUAUAUCAUUAUAAUAUCUAUUUUAUAUCCGUUUAUAUGCACUGAGGCAAAUACAAGACGUUAUAGAUUUAGCCCCCUCUAAAAAAAUACAGAAAAUAUUUAUGUAUUGUACCUAGUAUAUAUGUAUAUGUAAGGUGAAUCCAUCAGAACUUGUUUUAGUUAUAACU